AUGGAAACGUUAAAAUUUCUAUUCACAUAUCUUCGGGUGACAUUUCUAGACAAACCAUUCAAUUUGCUCAAUUUACCGUUUGUUGCACUGAAAAACGUCAUUUAUCAAAUGGAUAUUUACUCAGUAAUAAAACUAUCGAAGACGUCGAUGAAAAUACGUACAGACAUCAAAAAAGUUCGAAGAAAAAUGUAUAAAUUAAUAGUCAGUAAUCAUUUGGAAUAUCACCCAGGAGCAGAAGCAAAAAGUGACGUCCUACUUGUUUAUAAAUCAAUGGAAGAAAGAAGCAGAAUUUAUAAUUAUAGUUUAUCUAGAUUCAGUCUCGACUUCUGGAUUGAAUGGUUUUGCAAGAGUUCGGCGGACAAGAAAAUAUUUCCAAUAAUUAAAUACACAAAAUUACCAAAACUUUGGAAGUUUUUAAAUAUAUUCAACGAACUCUUUUUGAUCGACCAUGUUGACGUAAUGAUCGACGGAGAUAAACUUUUUGGAGAUUAUCGAUUCUUACUAAGUCACCCAUUGAUGAAAAAAUGCCAUUACAUUGAAAUUGUUGGAAAGACAUUUUGUGUUUCGACAGAAGACAUUCAAUUUGUACUAAACAAGAUUAAUGUCAGCUAUGGAUUAGUUUUUUAUAGUCAGUUUGGUUUCAAUCACAGUCUUAUAUCCCGAAUUCCUCGCCUGGAUAUAUUCUACGCAGAAAAAAUCACAUUGGAGGAGUUAAUGAAAAUGGAUUGUAAAGUAAUCAAGUUGAGCAAUCAUCAAUUCCAACCUACACUUAUCAAUAAAUUUAUUCGUUGUUGGUUGAUGGGGGCAAUGCCGAAACUAAAAAGACUUCGUUGGAAUUCGCAUUGUCGUCUUUUUCAGCCUACGGACAUGUUGCAUGCGAUGGAAUCGAUAUAGUUGAUUGUGCAAAUGGAGUUGAUAUUGAACGAAAAGAUGGACUACUUGCAACUGUGGUCAAAACAUUUGAUUCUGUAGAUUUUCUUAUUUGGUACGAUAGAUUUCCAGCGGAUUUAUGGCAGAGUAUACGCUGA